CGAAAGUAAACUCCAUUUUGAGACGACCGAGUGGCGCAGAUGUGAACACUGACGUGGACGUGGUGAAGCAGACUGACUUCAGACCAGACAUGAGUGUUUGUCUAAAGGAGGAGGACAGAUCAGAGUCUCCUCCUGUACCUAGCUGGUCAGAAGAUUUACAUUUGGUCUCCAUAAAUGAACCUGAACUUUCACACUCAAGAUUUGAGUCCAGCAGACAGAGAGCAGAGUCUCCUGUACCCAGCUGUCUGUCUAUGAAGAGUGAUUGGUCCAAAGAUUUACCUCUGAACUUCACAAAUGAACCGGAACGUUUACACUCAAAAUUUGAGUCCAGCAGACAGAGAUCAGAGUCUCCUGUACCCAGCUGUCAGUCUAUGAAGAGUGAUUGGUCCAAAGAUUUACCUCUGAACUUCACAAAUGAACCGGAACUUUUAUACUCAAAAUUUCAGUCCUGCGCACUGGGAGCAGAGUCUCCUGUACCCAGCUGUCUGUCUGUGAAGAGUGAUUGGUCCAAAGAUUUACCUCUGAACUUCACAAAUGAACCGGAACGUUUACACUCAAAAUUUGAGUCCAGCAGACAGAGAUCAGAGUCUCCUGUACCCAGCUGUCAGUCUAUGAAGAGUGAUUGGUCCAAAGAUUUACCUUUGAACUUCACAAAUGAACCGGAACUUUUACACUCAAAACGGAGGAAGAGGAGUCAUAUUAUGGAGGAGCAGCCAUCCUGUGCUUUUUGUCUGAACGUCCUGAUUGAUCCAGUCUCUACCAGCUGUAGACACUGGUUCUGCAGACAGUGCAUCACCUUAUACUGGAUCCAGUCUGGUCCACCAGGAGUCUACUGUCCACAAUGUGGAACCAGAAUAGAACCUGGACUGCAGAUACUCAGCCAGACCAGCACUGAACAAUUAAAAACUGGUCUGCUGGAGGUUUUGGAUGAACAUAAAGUCAGUCUGAGGAGGAGAUGUGAACGUGUGACUGAAGGAAGUGAUGAAGCAGGAAUUAGAACCCUCCUCAACAAGAUCUACACUGAGCUCUACAUCACAGAGGGGCAGAGUGAAGAGGUGAACAUGCAACAUGAGGUGAGACAGCUUGAGAAAGCUUGCAAGUUGAAGACGCUCCAUGACACACCGAUCAAGUGCCAGGACAUCUUUAAAGCCUUCCCUGACCAACAGAAACACAUCAGAGUGGUUCUGACAAACGGCGUUGCUGGUGUUGGAAAAACUUUCUCAGUGCAGAAGUUCACUCUGGACUGGGCAGAGGGCUCAGGAAACCAAGACGUCAGUCUGGUGAUUCUGUUUUCAUUCAGGGAGCUGAACUUGAUCAGAGAUGAGCGGUACAGUCUUCUUCAGCUGCUCCGUGUUUUCCAUCCAACAUUACGGAGGGUCAGAGCAGAGAUGCUCGCUCUCUGUAAACUGUUGUUCAUCUUUGACGGCCUGGAUGAAAGCAGACUUUAUUUUGAUUUCCAAAACAGUGAGGUUGUUUCUGAUGUCACUCAGAAGUCAUCAUUAAAUACACUGUUAAUAAACCUCAUCAAAGGGUGUCUGCUUCCCUCAGCUCUCAUCUGGAUAACCUCUCGACCUGCAGCAGCCAAUCAGAUCCCUCCUUCAUGUGUUGACAGGCUAACAGAAGUACGAGGCUUCACUGACGCCCAGAAGGAGGAGUACUUCAGGAGGAGGUUCAGUGAUGAGAAUCUGUCCAGCAGAAUCAUCUCACAUAUCAAGACAUCCAGGAGCCUCCACAUCAUGUGUCUGAUCCCGGUCUUCUGCUGGAUCACUGCUACAGUUCUGGAGCAUAUGAUGACCACAGAGCAGAGAGGAGAGCUGCCCAAGACCCUGACUGACAUGUACUCACACUUCCUGCUGGUUCAGACAAAGAGGAAGAAGAUCAAGUAUGAUCAGGGACAUGAGACAAAUUCACAUGAGCUGAUGGAGGCUGACAGGGAGGUUCUUCUAAAGCUGGGGAGGCUGGCGUUUGAACAUCUAAAGAAUGGAAACAUCAUGUUCUACCAAGAAGACCUGGAGAGGUGUGGUCUGGAUGUCACAGAGGCCUCGGUGUACUCAGGAGUUUGUACAGAGGUCUUCAAACAAGAGUGUGUGAUCUUCCAGAAAAAAGUCUACAGCUUUGUUCAUCUGAGUGUUCAGGAGUUCCUGGCUGCAGUCUACACGUUGCACUGUUACACAGACUGGAACAGAAAGGAACUGGCAUCUUUUCUGGGGCAAAAACACGUAGAUACAACCCUGGAUGUUCUCAUUAACGGAGCAACAUUAAAAUCUCUGCGAAGUAAAAAUGGCCACCUUGACCUGUUUGUUCGCUUCCUUCAUGGCCUGUCUCUGGAGUCUAACCAGAUACUUUUAGGAGGCCUUCUGGUUCGCACAGACAACAGUCCAGAAAUGAUCCAAAGAAUCAUCAACAACCUGAAGAAGAAGAAGACCACAAUUUCUCCUGACAGAAGCAUCAACAUUUUCAACUGUCUGAUGGAGAUGAACGACCUCUCAGUACAUCAAGAGAUCCAAGAGUUCCUGAAGUCAGAGAACAGAUCAGAGAAGAAACUCUCUGAAAUCCACUGUUCUGCUCUGGCCUACAUGCUGCAGAUGUCAGAGAAGGUAUUGGAUGAGUUUGACCUGCAGAAGUACAAUACAACACAGGCGGGACGGCUGAGACUGAUUCCAGCUGUGAGGAACUGCAAGAAGGCUGUACUUUGUGCCGUUGGUCUCUCAGGGACUCACUUUGAAGUCGUGGCCUCGGCUCUGAAGUCCAACCCCUCCCAUCUGAGGGAGCUGGACCUAAGCUCCAACAAGCUGCAGGAUUCAGAAGUCAAGCUGCUGUCUGCUGGACUUGAGAGUCCAAACUGCAAACUGGAGACUCUGAGAUUAAGUGGCUGCAGUUUGUCAGAGACCAGCUGUGCUUCUCUGGCUUCAGCUCUGAAGUCCAACCCCUACUAUUUAAGGGAGCUGCAACUGAGUGAUAACAAGCUGCAGGAUUCAGGAGUGAAGCUGCUGUCUGAUUUUCUGGAGAGUCCAUACUGUAAACUGGAGACUCUGGGAUUAUAUCGCUGCAGUUUGUCAGAGAUCGGCUGUUCUUUUCUGGCCUCAGCUUUGAAGUCAUACCCCUCUCACCUGAGAGAGCUGGAUCUGAGCUACAACAAGCUGCAGGAUUCAGGAGGGACCCUGCUGUUGAAUUUUCUGCAAAGUCCAUACUGUAUACUGAAGACUCUGAGGUUGAGGUACUGCAGUUUGUCAGAGAUCACCUGUUCUUCUCUGGCCUCAGCGCUGAUGUCCAACCCCUCCCAUCUGAGAGAGCUGGAUCUGGGUGAGAACGAGCUGCAGGAUUCAGUAGUGGGGCUGCUGUGUGAGUUUCUGCAGAGUCCAAACUGUAGAGUAGAGACUCUGAGAUUAAGGAGCUGCAGUUUGUCAGAGAUCAGCUGUUCAAAUCUGGCCUCAGCCCUGUGGUCCAACCCUUUCUAUCUGAGGGAGCUGGAGCUGAGCAGUAACAAGCUGCAGGAUUCAGGAGUGGAGCUGCUGUGUGGCUUUCUGAGGAGUUCAAGCUGUAGGCUGGAGACUCUGAGGUUGAGUUACUGCAGUUUGUCAGAGAUCAGCUGUUCUUCUCUGGCCUCAGUGCUGAAGUCCAACCCCUCCCAUCUGAUAGGUCUGACCCUGAGUUACAACAGCCUAAAGGAUUCAGGAGUGAAGCUGCUGUGCGAUUUUCUGCACAGUCCAAACUGCAGACUGGAGACUCUGAGAUUGCUGGGUUGCAGUUUGUCAGAGAUCAGCUGUUCUUCUCUGGCCUCAGCUCUGAAGUCCAACCCCUCCCAUCUGAGAGAGCUGGACCUGAGUAACAACAACCUCCAGGAUUCAGAGGUGAAGCUGCUGUGUGAGCUUGUGAAGAGUCCAAACUGCAGACUGGAGACUCUGAGAUGGAAAUGAUCUGUGUCUGAGUCAUCAGAGAGGAGUUCUGCUGAGAGAGGAUCAGCUGUGUCUUGAUCCAGAGAGGUCAGAGCAACAACGAAGCAAGUUCGAUGUAAACGGGCGGUCUUUAAGUUACCUGGCUUGUGAAACCUUACACGGCCCUUGUUUUCCAGCGACUUUGUUAUCCAUGCUUUUCUUCCUCUUUUUCUCAAAGUAACACAGUUAACACAGUUAGGAUAGGAUAGGAUAGGAUAAUACUUUAUUGAUCCCCAGAGGGGAAAUUCGGGCGUUACAGCAGCACAGACAAGAAGCUCAAAAAUACAAAAUACACACUUCGUCACAUGUGGACAAAAUGGUGGACAACAAAGGAAGCUGUGUGGCUGCCUUUUGAAAUAGUUUUGAGCUCUCUGAGCUGAGUUCAGUAACUGUUACUUAAACACCAGAAAGCCAGUGGCCGGACUUUGAUUCAACGGCGGGUACACUGGUCUUUCUGAUUGUGAAAGCCGUUGACUGAAGGUAAACUAGCAUAGCAUUACAUACAUAGGUGAACACAGCAGUUCAUCACAAAUAAAACAAAUGCAGCAGCUUACAACAGAUAAUAAACAGAAUGUGACGUCUCGUCAACAAUGAUGCAUAAUUAUCAGUGGUUAUAAAAGAAACAUAACUAUUUCUGAAACUAUUUCUGCCCAGACCAAAGCUCUUACUUGGGGUAACUCCUGGUGAUCGUUGCAAAGCUGGUUAGAUCGUCACUCUGUUGAAUGUUGAAUCAUCAGAUUCAGGCAGGGUUCCUUCGUGGCAGAUGUAGGAAGAGGGUAGCGGGAUACAGAUCUUCGACCAGAGCGUUGCUCUAUAGGGUCUUCUGGUUGCAGGAGCCGAGUUCUUUAUGUGUCCUUGUGGAUUCAGGGAUCAGUGGGCUUCCUUCAGCGCUCCUGUCCAGUUGCGUUCAAUGACGUCUUACGAAAAAUCAAAGGAAAGAAACUCUUCUUUUUGCUCGAACCUGAUAGCAUCUGAUUGCGCCCAAAACUCCUAAAAAUAUGCCAUGGAAGUAGUCAGCUGAAUCCUCUGAUGCUUGAAUUCAGCAUGUGAAGAGCUACCUAUACUGAGCUAGGAGAUCAGCUCUGGAGUUUAACCUAUGUAAGCCAAGAGGAGGAAAGGCUUUGUCUCGAAUGCUGGAGUCCAUCUUGUUGGAGAGGGUAUCCUCUGGUGUCGGCAGACCACACUUGAAGAGAAGGAAGCAAUGCCUGGUGAUUGCUUUUAAAGACUGGAGCUGCCUGUGGGUUUACCUCAGGUUCCGGUCCCCCCUUUACGUCACACGUAGGUGUGAAGUACCGCAGGGGAUUCUGGGAUAAAGAGUCCUUUAAAGGCCUCUUUGUGAUCUCAGUAAAUAACUCAAAGGCACAGACUGUCCUAAGCCUGCGUGGCCCAACAAAUAUAAUGUAGUAUAAUAUAAUAUAGUGCAAUAUGAACAAUAUAGUGUAAUAUAAUGAAGUGUUAUGUAAUACAGACUAGUAUAAUAAUAUAAUAAAAUAUAUAGAAUGUACAGUAUAUAUGUAUAUAUAUAUAUGGAUGCUAAGUAAUAAUAAUAAUAAUAAAAUAAUAAUACAAUAAUACAAUGAUAAUAAUGAAGCAGGCCAUGGGGGUAGUGUUCUAUGGGGGUGAAGUUUAGUGUCCAGGACGUACUGUUAUUGUUGUCAUAGGCUGCUGUUGUAUAGUCUGAUGGCAGUGGGCACAAAGGAGCGCCUGAAGCGCUCUGUUUUGCACCUGGGGGGGAUGAGGCGUUGGCUGAAGGAGCUGCCCAUCUGCCACAGCUCACCAUGUAGUGGGUGAGAGGAGUUAUCCAGGAUGGAUAAGAUUUUGUCCUUCAUCCUCCUCUCACCCACUGUCUCCAAACUGUCCAGAUCAAGGCCCACUACAGAGCGGGCCUUCCUCACCAGCUUGUUCAGCCUGUUUGCCUCACCAGUCUUGAUGCCACCCCACCAGCACGCCACAGCAAAGAAGAGGGCGCUGGCCACCACAGACUGGUAGAAGGUCUUCAGGAGUCUGUUGAACGAUCUGAGUCUCCUCAGGAAGAACAUCCUGCUCUGUCCCUUCCUGAAGAGGGUGUCAGCGUUGUGAGUCCAGUCCAGUUUAUUGUUGAUGUAGACCCCAAGGUGAUGUCCACCCUCUCCACUUCCUCCCCCUGGAUGAUGACUGGGGCAGGGGGCCUCUUCUUCUUCCGGUAGUCCACUACCACCUCCUUUGUUUUGCUGAUGUUGAGCUUCAGGUGGUUGCUUUCGCACCAUGUGACGAAGCUCUCUAACAGUCCUCUGUACUCCUUCUCGUCGUCAUCAGUGAUGCACCCAACAAUGGAGGAGUCGUCGGAAAACUUUUGGAGGUGGCAGGAACCAGAGUUAAACCUGAAGUCUGAUGUGAAGAGAGUGAAGAGGAAAGGCGCCAGAACAGUUCCUUGAGGUACUCCUGUGUUGCCCGUCACUACAUCAGAGACACAGCCAUCGACUCUGACAUACUGUGGCCGGCCCGUGAGGUAGUUAAAAAUCCAAGCUGUGGUGUCAGGGUGCAGCUGCAUAUCCAGCAGUUUGUCCCUCAGGAGGCAGGGCUGGAUGGUAUUGAAAGCACUGGAGAAGUCAAAGAACAUGACUCUCACAGUGCUUCCCUUCGUCUCCAGGUGUGACAGGGCUUUGUGUGUCAGGAAGAUGAUAGCAUGUGCCUAUCAUCAUGGAUGUAGUCUGUAAUACAAUGAGAGAGGCCUUCAAUGUCAUCACCAUGUUCCUCUUUAAACAUUUCCCAGUCUGUGACAUUGAAGCACUCCUGCAGGGCCUCCUCUGUAUCCUUAGACCAAACCUUCAAAGUCCUUGUUUUGGCCCCCUGCUGCUUCACCAGGGGCCUGUAGGUGGUCUCAAGGUGGAUGAGGUUGUGGUCUGAUUCCCCAAGAGGGGGGAGGGAAGAAGAGCUGUAUGCUCCCUUCACAUUGGCAUACAGGAGGUCCAGGGUUUUAUUCCCUCUUGUAGCACAAUGCACAUACUGUUUAAAGUUCGUCAGGACAGGGGAGAGAGAGACAUGAUUAAAGUCCCCGCUGAUCAGUAUGAGGGCGCUGGGAUGCUGGGUUUGUAGUCCCGCGAUCGUAGUGUGGAUGACGUCACUCGCGCUAGCGGCUACAGCUGAUGGUGGGACGUAAACAGCAACAGCAAUGGCAUGUGAGAACUCCCGUGGCAGGUAGUACGGGCGUAAUCCCACCGCCAGCAUUUCAACGUCUGACGCUUUGAAAAAAAGCACAGAAGUGUAAACACUGCCGCUGCGGCUAGGGAAAGAUAACCGCAGCUGCAAUAAUAAAAGAUACCAAAGCAUGAUGCCCAGUAUUACAACUUCGUGAAUUAAACAAAGAUUUGACCCCAUCAGAGUUUCAUGUAUUUUAUUGAUUGAAAAGGAUCUGUGACAAUCAAUAAAGACUAGUUGAUAUGUGAAACUGUUUAAUUUCAAAUGAUGAUCCACAUCGUCAUUGUGAUCAUCAUCAUUCAGUCAUUGUAUGGAUUAUCUGCUUUGUACCAUGUAAAGGCUUAAUAUAACCUGGUGGGCAGAUUUUCUGUCAUGAACCUGAUCCUUAGACAUCACAGAAAUGUAUAGAGAUACAAACAGAUCAUGCUGUUGAAGCUGCAGAGCUUCUUUAAAUGACUAAAGUAAACGUUUCAAUCGAGAUGUUUUCAUACAGAAAGAUUCCCUCAGCUGAGAAUCAUAAUCAGAGACAGACCACUCUUUUUAAAGCUGGUCUGAAACUCUGAACAUCACCUCCUGAACAGCAGGUUGAUGUUCAUUCGUCCGAUAUUUCAAAUAGAUGGAGGACCAAUUUUUUUUUUUAGCACAUAUUGAAAUCUAAUCUUUAACAAAUCUGGUACAUACCACCCACAGGCGGUUUUACUAUUAGGCAAGUGAAAAUGCAAGUGUAGGAGCCGAAUUAGUGCAUGUACUGCAUAAUUAUGUAUCAUAUUUCAAUGAUAAUGUUUUUAUGUUUAUUUAUUUACUUAUAUUGGGGACUAGAUUGUGAUACAUAGGUCGGAUCUGAUUGGUCAGGUGGUAUUGUCAGGUGUUUAUAGGUCACGGGUGAACAGGAAGUUGGUGGCAUAGGUGGUGGGAACAGUAAACGAACGUAGACAAACCAAUAUACGGUAUCCCGGCAACAAUCAUUAAUCACUUAAUAUCAUCAUCACAGUUUGUCUGCAUCAUCGUUCACAAUAAGAAAACUUCACCCAAAGUAAUUACAUUUUGGACAUUUGUUUAUUUUUUAAUUUUGUCAAAACUGUUCUAUUCACCUAUGUAUGUAAGUAAGUAUGGUUUGAACAUUUGGACAUUAGAUAGUCCCUACAGCAAGAUUUGAGUUUAUGAGAGGAAGAAAUUGUUCUCUGAUGCUAAAAUGAUUAUCAGCAGCUUUUAUUUUUGUCUGGAUGUUUUGUAUAUUCAAGUCUAAAUCCCGCCCCAAAAAAAAUCAAUUUGCAAAAGACGAUUCUUCUACUUUCUGGAACUCAUUUUCUUCGAGCCUUUAUUCAGUCUCGACAACAUUUUUGUUCACCAUGUUCUGUUUUACUUUUUCAACUGAGAUGUGUUUUCUGCAGUGUAAAACUCAAUAAAGAUCUUGGACUAUAA